AUGGCAUUAAGUGGAAACAACAAUCUUUUACUUGGUGCUUCUCAUUUUCAUAAUACUCGAUCACAACGUCAUCGUCAAAAUAUCGUAAUUGAAGCUCCAGAUACACAUAGCUUCCAUCAUUUAGCAUCCUCUGCUCAAUCGCUCCAAGCUAUGCUUUCAUUAACACCUCCAUCAACAUCAACAUCCUAUCCUUAUUUAGAACAAUUAGUAGUAAAAACUCCUCCAACAUCUAUUAUACCAUCAUCAUUAUGUAAAGAUCCAACAACUAAUAAUAGUCUUUAUCGUUUAAAAAAUUCUUGUUUACCAACACACGUUUCUAUAUCAAAAAUUAUUUCUCGAGAUGAUUUGAUGAAUAAAUCAUCUGAUGAACGUACAGGUUCAACAAAUUUAUCGGUUAAAAAUUUAAAUGAAAAACCUGUACCUAUUGAAAUUAGUGUACGUUGUAUUUUUUUACGUGUCGGUGAAAUCGAUACACUUAAUGAACGAUAUACAGGUGAAAUUUUCUUUGAAGCAUCAUGGUAUGUAACAGAUCCGAACAUUGAAUCAGAAUAUGACCCUCAAACGGGGAAUUUUAAUCCACAAUUGGCUGUUCUUAAUCAUAUGGGAGAUUCAUUAAGACAUGAUAAAUGGUAUUCAACAAACAAAACAGAUAAAAAUGGUCUGAUAGAAAUAACUGAACAUCAUAAAUUCAAAGGUACUUUUUGGGAACGUAUGGAACUAAAUCAUUUUCCAUAUGAUGUUCAAGAAUUAUCAAUAUCAUUAACAACACCAUUAACAAUAAAUGAUAUAUAUUUUACUGAAAAUAAACAAAAACCAUCCGGUGUUAAUCGAACUGUAUUCAGCGAUCAACAAUCCUGGCAUCUAUAUGAACAUGUUGAAUUCUCAUUUGAACAACAUCGAGAAGAAUAUUCAUUAAAUUAUGAUCAAAUACAUCCUGUUCUUAUUUGUACAUGUCAUGUUGGAAGAAAAUGUGGUUAUUAUAUUUGGAAUGCAUAUUUUUUAAUUUUUCUUAUAACAUCAGCAUCUCUUUGUACAUUUUCAAUACCACCAUCAAAUGCUCAUGGCCGUUUACAGAUCACAUGUACUCUUUUAUUAACAUCUGUUACAUUUCGAUGGGUUGUUAAUAAAUCACUUCCAACAAUAUCAUAUUUAACAGCAUUAGAUAUUUAUGCCAUAGCAUCUAUAGUUGCUUUAUGUAUAAUAAAUGUUUUCCAUGGUGUAGUUAGUUAUUUAUAUUAUAAUCAGAUAUAUUUAGCUUCACAUUUAACACCAAAUAAUAUACAAGAUCUUCAGCUUUCACUUUAUCCAGAAUAUUAUAUUUGUCAUAUAGAUCGUUAUGGUUUUUAUAUUUUAUCUAUUAUAUUUUGUCUUUAUCAAGUCUUCAUAUUACUUUGGACAUUUUGGACACCUUAUAAACGACGUCGAUCAAUGAAACGUAAAGAUGAAAAAAAUCGAGCAGAUCUUAUGAAUAAAAUUGGAAAUGGUGAAUCAUUGAAUGAACAAUAA